UCCAUCAGUUUGGUGAGUUGAUAGUUACACUUUAAUCAAGACUAUUCAUUGAGUUUGAUCAAGUUCGGUUUUUUUUUACUUCUAAGAGUCUGUUCCCGGUGAAUAGAAAAGGAGUUUCAAACAAAAUAAGUGCAAUUCAUUUGUUCCCAGUUUGAAUUUUGAAUUUAAAAGAAAAGACUACAAAAUGACGACGUACACCGAUAAAGGACCAAAGCCAGCUGGUGGAAAAUUUGUAUGUUUUGAUCACAUAACAUUCUAUGUGGGCAAUGCAAAGCAAGCGGCAAGUUACUAUACGACACGUUUGGGAUUCGAACCACUUGCAUACCAAGGCUUGGAAACAGGCAAUCGGCAUUUUGCCAAACAUGUUGUGAAACAAAAUAAGAUUGUAUUCGUGUUCGUUUCGGCGUAUGAUCCAUAUGACACGGUGAUUGGAAAUCAUUUGGUGAAACACGGUGAUGGCGCAAAGGAUGUCGCUUUUGAAGUCGAAGAUUUGAAUUAUAUUGUCAAGAGAGCCAAAGAGCAAGGUGCCAUUUUCGUGCGAGACAUUUGGUCAGAGUCAGAUGAGUUCGGAACUGUUCGCUUCGCAACGGUUAAAACUUACGGAGACACUACCCACACAUUUGUCGAGCGUAAGGGCUACAAAGGCAGUUUUUUGCCUGGAUUCAAAAGAACCGAACAAGCUGAUAAGCUUUUAAAAACAUUGCCGCCUAUCAACUUGAAUUUCAUUGACCAUUGUGUUGGCAAUCAACCGGAUAACCAAAUGGAGAUCACGGUUCAAUGGUAUGAAAAGGCGCUGCAAUUCCAUCGUUUUUGGUCGGUCGAUGACUCUCAAAUCCAUACCGAGUAUUCUGCUUUGCGAUCCAUUGUAAUGACAAACUACGAAGAAACCAUCAAAAUGCCAAUCAACGAACCUGCACCAGGCAAAAAGAAGUCGCAAAUCGCCGAAUAUGUCGAAUAUUAUGGCGGUGCUGGAGUCCAACAUAUCGCACUCAACACAAAUGACAUCAUUACAGCCAUUACUAAUUUAAGAGCUCGUGGUGUUGAAUUCUUAAGUAUUCCGGAUGCAUACUACGAUGUGCUGCGCAAGAGACUCGUCCACAGCAAGGUUCAAGUCAAAGAAGACUUGAAAAAACUUCAAGAACUACAAAUUCUCAUUGACUAUGACGAUGAUGGCUACCUGUUGCAAAUUUUCACGAAGAACAUGCAAGACCGACCGACCGUCUUUUUGGAAGUGAUUCAACGCAAUAAUCACCAGGUUUUCAUGCUCAUUUUAUCAACUCUUUUUCCUAGAUUUCAUUACCUUCGCUCUGAAAGGAAGAAAAAGAAAAAAAAAUCUUUUUAUUUCUCUCUGUUUUUUUGUUGGAAUUUCAUCAUUCAACAAGUUUCUAACGAUUUUUUCUACAUGCACAGGGCUUCGGAGCUGGAAACUUUAAAGCAUUGUUCGAAGCAAUUGAAUUGGAACAGGCAAAACGUGGCAAUUUGUAAGUUGGACCAUGAACACAAUUGGACCAUGACAUGAAACGUUGGCAGAAUGGCGACGAAAUUCGGAUUUCUCUUAUCUCAUUUUACAAUUCGAUGGUGUAAUAUUUUGUCUUAACAUCAAUUUGACUAUAGCCCCUGCUAUAAUAAAUAAAAAAAAGUCCAUUCAAAUAUUACAUCUCUUGAAAACACAUCACGUAUUUUAAGUUUUUAGUCUUUAUUUCAAUUUUUUUUAUUAACCAUAUGUUAUUGCUGAAUAAAGUCUCUCUAUUGAAAAAA